AUGGCUGGAACCUUAAGCAAUGCUAAUUUUCUUGACAUUCCCGACGUGGUUCUCAAUACCAUAUUCUCCUUAGUUGUUGAUACUCGCACUCGCAAUGCCAUGUCCCUUGUGUGUCUCAAAUGGCACUUGCUUGAGCGUUCCACCCGCAAAUCCCUCGCCCUCCGCGGCAACGUCCGUGAUCUCUUCCUCCUCCCGACUUGCUUUCGAGCCGUUACUGAUCUCGACCUCUCUUUGCUAUCCCCCUGGGGACACCCUCUUCUCAAUUCCUCCCCAAACCCACUUCUUCUCGCCCAACUUCUUCGCCGUGCAUUUCCAUCUGUCGUUUCUCUGGUUGUUUAUAUCCGGAACCCUUCAACUCUUCAUCUUUUAGCUCCCCAAUGGCCUGACUUAAGACAUAUUAAGCUCAUACGUUGGCACCAACGUUUGCCGACGCUACCUCUAGGGACCGAGUUUGUCGCACUUUUCGAGCAUUGUCAAAUGCUUUCAACGCUCGAUAUUUCGCAUUUUCAUUGCUGGACUGAGGAUCUUCCUCCGGCUAUUGAAGCGUACCCCAUUCUUGCAGCUUCUCUUUCUCGGCUUAAUAUCCUCAAACAUUCCUCAGCUGAGGGAUUCAAGUCCCAUGAGCUUUUAGCCAUUACUGCUUCCUGUCCAAACCUCCGUGAACUGCUGGCAACAUGCAUAUUCGACCACCGAUUCGUGGGAUUUGUCAGCGAUCAAACUUUGUUGGCUCUUGCAUCAAAUUGUCCUAGCCUUUCACUACUUCACCUUGUUGAUGCUACUUCUUUAUCCAAUGUUCGGCCCGAUUCGAACGACGACGGUUUCACAUCUGAAGAUGCAAGUAUCAGCCAUGCUAUACUCGGUGAUGUAUUUGCCGGAUUGCCACUGCUUGAAGUGUUGGUUCUCGAUGUUUGCCACAAUGUUAGGGACGCUUGGCCAGCGUUGGAGUUGCUUACUUCCAGGUGCCCCAGUCUUAAAUCAUUAAAGCUGGGACAGUUCCAUGGAAUCUGCAGUGGCAUAGAUUCUCGACCAGAUGGGAUCGCCCUAUGCCACGGGUUGGAAUCUUUGUCGAUCAAGAAUUCAGCCGAUUUAACCGAUAACUCUUUGGAAGCCAUUUCUAUAGGUUGUCCAAGACUUUCCAAGUUUGAGGUCCUAGGAUGUAAGAAAAUCACAGCAAAAGGAAUAUGGAAAUUAAUUCAUGUUCUUAGGAACACUUUGGUCGAUGUCAAAAUCUCUUCCUGCAAAAACCUCAACGCAUUUUCAUCGUUGCAGGCAAUGGAACCGAUUCGAGACCGGAUUGAAAGACUCCACAUAGAUUGUGUGUGGGGAAGUGUUAAAAAUUUAGAAAUCCAGACAGCUAGUUCCUCGGAAGAAACAAUGUUGAAGAAGAAAAGCAAGUCCCACGAUGUCGGAAACGACAACUCGUUGUGUUCCAGCACUUGGUCUAAGCUAAAUCAUCUUUCCCUUUGGAUUGCUGUAGGUGAGCUGCUCACCCCAUUAUCCAUGGCGGGUUUAGAUGAUUGUCCAUCACUGGAAGAGAUAGAAAUAAAGAUCGAAGGCGAUUGCAGCGAUGAACGUAGGCCAUGCAUGGGUUCAUUGGGUCUGCGUUUCUUGGCAUGUUAUCCGAGUCUUUCGAGGAUGCUCCUCGACUGCAGUGGAGUCAUAGGUUAUGCUCUCACAGCUCCACCGGGGUACCCAGAUUUGAGCUUGUGGGAGAGGUUCUUUUUCAACGGAAUCGAGAUUUUGAACCUCAACGAGCUCAACUAUUGGCCGGCACAAGACAUGGAUGUGAACCAGAGAAGCCUUUUUCUCCCGGCAGCAGCGUUGCUGGCUCAAUGUGGGAGCCUAAGGAAACUCUUCUUUCAUGGAACAGCAAAUGAACACUUGAUGAUGUUCCUGCUGAGAAUCCCAACACUGAGGGAUGUUCAACUUAGACAAGAUUAUUAUCCUGCACCGGAGAAUGAUAUGAGCACGGAGAUUAGAGUCGAAUCCUGCCGUCGGUUCGAGAAUGCUCUUAAUAGCAUCAACCGUCACAUUCCUGAUUAGAAAUAUUUGCAGACUUAUUUAAUAAACCAAAAUGC